AUGGAGACACAGGCGGCAUUUGCUUUUAGUAUUGGUUCGGAUCUUGGUGGUCGGGAGCAGACCUGGAUCCUCGAUAGUAGCGCGAGUUGGCAUCCUAGCAUAUACGAAAGAAUGCUUGCCGAUGUGGCCGACUGCAUGGACGAAUGUAACCUUUCUGAUGGACGAGCUAUUGAAGUUACGAAGGUGGGUCAAGUCACGUUGCAAACCACUGUGGAUGGAGUUACAACGAUCAGCGUCUAUUAUCCAAAGAGACUCUCGCAUAAUUUACUUUUGUACUGUAAACUUGAAGAGAAGGAGGUUGCACUGAGCUACGAAGGCGGACGCCGCUAUUUGAAGUAUACUAGUGAUGGAUCACGAGUAUUCGAGGCUGAAAAGGAGAACAGCAUAUUGAUUGGGUUUGCACGGAGUAAAGAGGCUACACUGAAAAGGAACGAGGUGGUGUAUACGUCCUUACUCGCUGCAGAUACUAAAAAGCGAAAUUGGUGUAUCGGGGAAGUGCAUGCUUUUGAAAUUGCACAAGUGCCUAGGGCAUCUCAUGUAUGA